CUCCAAUGGGCCUUUGAGGCUGAGCAACCUGCCCUUAAAAACACCUUUGCACGCCAAGCUUUAACGAGCUGGAGGCAAAGCUUUUUGCUCGAGGGGCAUCAGACAGAGCAGAAACCCUUCCCGCGUCUGAGCACCCCAUCCCGCCUGCCUGCACGUUCCGGGGGGCGGGAAUCUGGCCCAGCCCGUCCCAGCAGCCAACCCAGGCCUGGGCCAGCUCCGCCCCGAGCAGCAGCUGGGCGGCCACACCCUGCGCCCAGCUAGGUUCCUGUGAGCCAGAAGCCUCGCCCCCCGACGACGUUCCAGAGGCUCUGCCGCUGCCGCCCCACCCAGCCAGGCCUCACCAUCCGGAUCGCGCCGGGCCAGCUCGCAGCCCGCAGUGACUUCCCCGGGACCAUGCUGCGCUGGCUGCGGGCCUUCGUGCUGCCCACCGCCGCCUGCCAGGACGCGGAACCGCCCACGCGCUACGAGACGCUCUUCCGGGCGCUGGACCGCAAUGGAGACGGCGUGGUGGACAUCGGAGAGCUGCAGCAGGGGCUGCAGAGCCUGGGCAUCCCACUGGGCCAGGACGCCGAGGAGAAAAUUUUCAUUGCCGGUGAUGUCAACAAAGAUGGGAAGCUGGACUUUGAAGAAUUUAUGAAAUACCUGAAGGACCAUGAGAAGAAAAUGAAGUUAGCAUUUAAAAGUUUGGACAAGAAUAGUGAUGGGAAAAUCGAGCCUUCUGAGAUUGUCCAGUCUCUCAAGAUGCUGGGUUUACAUAUUUCUGAAGAUCAAGCAAAACUGAUUCUUCAAAGCAUCGACGCGGACGGGACAAUGACAGUGGACUGGAAUGAAUGGAGGGACUACUUUUUAUUUAACCCUGUUACGGACAUUGAAGAGAUUGUCCGCUUCUGGAAACACUCGACUGGAAUUGACAUAGGAGACAGUUUAACUAUUCCGGAUGAAUUCACAGAAGAUGAGAAGAAAUCAGGACAGUGGUGGCGGCAGCUUCUGGCAGGAGGCGUGGCUGGAGCCGUCUCCCGAACAAGCACUGCUCCUUUGGAUCGCCUCAAAGUCAUGAUGCAGGUUCAUGGUUCCAAAUCAAUGAAUAUAUUUGGAGGCUUUCGGCAGAUGGUGAAGGAAGGAGGAGUCCGUUCCCUUUGGAGAGGAAAUGGCACCAAUGUCAUUAAAAUUGCUCCUGAGACAGCUGUUAAGUUCUGGGCUUAUGAACAGUACAAGAAGCUGCUUACCGAAGAAGGACAGAAAUUGGGAACCUUUGAGAGGUUUGUUUCUGGUUCCAUGGCUGGGGCAACUGCGCAGACUUUUAUCUAUCCCAUGGAGGUUCUGAAAACCCGGCUAGCUGUAGCCAAAACUGGACAAUACUCUGGAAUAUACGGUUGUGCCAAGAAGAUUUUGAAACACGAAGGCUUUGGGGCUUUUUACAAAGGCUAUGUUCCCAACUUACUGGGCAUUAUUCCUUACGCAGGCAUCGAUCUCGCUGUGUAUGAGCUUUUGAAGUCUUACUGGCUGGAGAACUUUGCAAAAGACUCUGUCAACCCCGGUGUGGUGGUGCUACUGAGCUGUGGGGCCCUGUCCAGCACCUGUGGGCAGCUGGCCAGUUACCCCCUGGCUUUGGUGAGGACUCGAAUGCAGGCCCAAGCCAUGGUAGAAGGGGCCCCGCAGCUGAACAUGGUCGGCCUUUUUCGGCGAAUAGUCUCCAAAGAAGGGGUGCCAGGACUUUACAGAGGCAUCACCCCAAACUUCAUGAAGGUGCUCCCUGCCGUCGGCAUCAGCUAUGUGGUGUACGAAAACAUGAAGCAGACGUUGGGAGUGGCUCGGAAGUGAGGCGCCCAAGCUGUCUUUGCCACGAUGACCAAAGCUGUCAGCGCGCACGCACACGCGCGCACUCGCUCUCCAGGGUCUUCUGGAUUGCAGCACAUCUGUUGCAGAGAAGCUGUUUUUCCCCAGCCAAAGGGAAGAGACUCGGCAAUCACUUCAAGCAUUUGGACUCAGUCUUCUAUCUUCAGUCAUGUUCAAAAUCACAGUUUCAAUAAGUGUUGAAGAGGCCACAAAAUUGUACUUUAUAUCACCUUGCACCCUAAAUCUGAAAAUGUACUUGCUUAAGCUGAAAUCAUUUUUGUGUGGUAGAAUUAUAAAUCACUAAUCUUUG